AUGUCGUCAGUAUCCGGCAGCCGACGUCGGACCCGCGACGAACUCGAGGAGGAUGACAGCGACAGCAGCAUCGCCUCAAGGGACGUCGAGCCUCCGAAACGCCCACGCAUGAACGGACUGUCGACCGGAGCCCGAAGCAAUGGAUUCACGAACGGCACCCAGGAUGAGGAGUUCCAGCCCGGCUCCAUCAUCAGGGUGGCGGUCGAGAACUUCGUCACCUACGAAAAGGCCGAAUUCUUCCCCGGCCCGAACCUGAACAUGGUCAUUGGGCCCAACGGCACCGGCAAGAGCACCCUGGUGUGUGCCAUCUGCCUGGGUCUCGGAUACAGCCCCAAGAACUUGGGGAGGGCCGGUACCGUCAAGGAGUUCGUCAAGAUCGGCAAGGACAUUUCGACUAUUGAGCUCGAGUUGAAGAAGCGGCCCGAAGACCGCCGGAACUGGACUAUCCGCGUCCAGAUCAAACGAGAGCAGAACUCGCAAAAGUGGUGGCUGAAUGGGAAGGAGACCAGCCACAAAAACAUCCAGAAACUCAUGUGGACGCUCAAGAUCCAGGUGGACAACCUAUGCCAGUUUCUGCCGCAGGAUCGCGUCGUCGAGUUCGCUAGUUCUUCGCCCGUGGAGCUGCUCCAGGAGACAAUGCGUGCCGCUGCGCCGGAGCAGAUGCUGGAGUGGCAGGAGGAGCUGCGGGAACUCCACAAAGAGAAAAAGGAGUUGGGCGAGGUGGCAGAGAGGGACGGGGAGAACCUCAAGAAUCUCGAAAGUCGGCAGCAGGGCCUACAGGCUGAUGUGGAUAGAAUCCGGGAGCGAGCGGAAAUCGAGGAAAAGGUCAAAAACCUCAAGUCGGCCCAACUAUUGUCUCAAUAUAACGAUGCGAGAAAGAAAUUGGCAGUAGCCAAGAACCGGAAGACGGACGCCGAGAAUGCGUUGGAUCGCCUUAAGAAGGAGACAGGUCCUUCGCUCGAGGCCAUCAAAAAGAAGCAAGCAUAUGCGCAGAAAGCCAAGGCAUUGGUCCCUAUAAAGGAGAGAUUACAGCGGAAUUCGGAGGCGGAGUCGGACAGGCUCUUAAAGGAAGCCGGCCGUGCGGCAGAGAAAAUGAACGAAUGGAAUGACAAGAUAAACGCUGAGCGAACUGGAUUCGAAGAGAAGAAGCAAGAACUCGCCCAGUCUAGACAAAAAAUCACAGCCUUGCAAGCCGAUCAAAAAAAUCGGCCUCCCGAAUUCAAUGGUCCUGAGUGGAAUCAGAAAGUGCGAGACGAGGAGAAGAAUCUACGAGAUCUCGAGAGUGAAAAGCGAGAGCUUGAUGGCCGUGUCAGCGAGCUCAAGACCCAAGGAUUAGCCAAAAGAGACGAACUGAGAAAGCUGGAGGAGGAGAUCGAAGCCUUCGAUACCCAGGAGGGUCAACAGCUGAGCUUAUUGAAGAGACACUUUCCAGAGGUUGCUACCGCUUGGGAGUGGAUUCAACAGCACAAGGAUGAAUUUGAGAAGGAAGUGUUCGGGCCGCCCAUGGUCAGUUGCUCGAUAAAAGACGAACGGUACUCGAGCCUAGUUCAGUGUCUUCUACAAAAAGACGAUUUCACCUGCAUAGUGGCUCAGACGAAGAAUGACUACAAGAAGCUAACACAUCAGCUCUACAAAGUCAUGAGUUUGUCCAUCAAUAUUAGAACGUGCUCGCAGCCACUGCAAUCCUUCAGACCACCUGUCAGUCGCGAAGAAGCGAAGUCGCUUGGGCUUGAUGGUUUCUCCCUCGACUUUAUAGAAGGACCUUCUCCCGUUCUCGCAAUGCUGUGUGCAGAAAAGGGCAUUCAUCGGUCAGGCGUUGCUCUGAAGGAGCACAAUAACGACCAAUAUGACCGUCUUGUCCAGAGCGGCUCCAUCUCCCAGUGGGCUGCUGGAACACAGUCCAACAUUGUGCGCAGACGAAAGGAGUACGGCCCUCAAGCCGUGACGUCUGUCACGAGACAAAUUCAGCCUGGCCAUUUCUGGACGUCACAGCCUCUUGACUCCCAGGAGAAGGUGGAGCUAAACAAUCGACUAUCUGAAGUAAAGGAAGUAUUCGAUGCUCUCAAGAGCCGAAGCAAAGAGUUUGCCAGGCAAAAAUCCGAGAUCGAUUCCAAAAUGGCUGAUAUCACGAAGACAAUUGACAAAAUCAAGGAGGAGAAAAACGCCUUGCAGCGAGAACACCAGAAAUGGCUGGCACUUCCUGAUAAGAUUGCAACCGAGGAGAAAAAGAAGGAAACAACCGAGCAAGCCAUGCGAGAUAUCCGGAAAGGUCUACUGGAUUUGCAGUACGAUUGGGAUGAGGGCACCAUUGCUCGUGCAGAGGCCGUCCUGGAGCAUGCCAGGUCUCUUGAGAAGAUUGGAGAAGCCCACCGAGAGUUGAUAGAAGCCAAGAUCCAGGUAAUCGAAGCCGAAUCGGACCUGGAGGGCCUCAAGCUUCGAAAUGGUAGAAUCAUGCAGCAGCUAGAGGAACAGACACUAGAACUGGCCGAGGCCGAGGCCGAAGUCGCCAGAGUGCGUACCAAGGGUGCAGAAAUCCGGGAUCUGGUCCGGGAACUCUCGCUUGAGACCGAGGAGCAGAGGGAUUUGAUAUCCAGGCUUCAAGAGGGCAAGACACCAGAGGAGCUUGGCAUGGAAAUCGAUGCAGAAGAGGCCAAACUGGAGCUGAUUCACGCUGCGAACCCCAACGUGAUACGCGAGUUUGAGAAGCGUACCGCGGAGAUUCUACGAAUCCAGAAAAGGAUGGAGACGUCCACGGACACGUUGCGAGACUUGACCCAGAAAAUCGAGGGCAUCAUGGGUCAAUGGGAGCCGCAGCUCGACCAGCUGGUAUCCACGAUCAACGAUGCCUUUGCAUACAACUUUGAGCAGAUCAGCUGCGCGGGCGAGGUCCGUGUACACAAGGACCCGGACUUUGACCAGUGGGCUUUAGACAUCAUGGUCAAGUUCCGCGAGAACGAGGAGCUUCAGAAACUCAACGCCCAUCGCCAGUCUGGAGGCGAGCGGGCAGUCUCCACCAUCUUCUACCUCAUGGCCCUCCAGUCCCUGGCUCAGUCUCCCUUCCGAGUCGUGGAUGAGAUCAAUCAGGGUAUGGAUCCUCGCAACGAACGUAUGGUCCACGAGCGCAUGGUUGAGAUUGCCUGCCGCGAGCACACCUCGCAGUAUUUUCUCGUCACCCCCAAGUUGCUCCCCAACUUGCGAUAUGACAGGAAGAUGCGUGUGUUGUGUAUUGCCAGCGGUGAGUUUAUGCCAGCCGAAGGCAAGAAACUAGAUUUCAGACGAUGUCUGAAAAUUCAGAAAGGUCUUCUGGUUCAAUAA